GCCGAGGCUAUACAGGGGAUUAUUGGCUUUCUUUUUGCCUGGGGAUCCACUCUCGCCUGGUCGAUGUCCGGCAUGUGUUUUUGGGACAGCGGUCGAGGGAUCAUAAAUAGACUGCCGGGAUUAAUCUCGUCUGCUUCCUCAGUUUUAACUCAUCAUCCCGCCAGGACUACAAUAUGCAUUGCUCUGCAGACGCUAGAGGUCACUCGACUGGUACUAUCUGCUCCUAUGCAGGACUCAACAACUUUGAAAGCUAUAAGCCGUGGACACUCUGACGGUCUUGAGAGUCAGAUCGGAGAGGGUAGCCGGGUCGGUCGGUUUAGUCCAGAUGAACAUGGAAUUCCGAAGGACGAGGCAACUAGUAGCAACGUCCCAGGACCAAAGAGCAAAGGGAGAGUGGAAGAAUACAGGCAAGAAUCCAUGCAGCCGGGAAUCAGGAAGGGCUCGAAUGAACCUGAUGAUGAGCUCCAGAAUGCUCAGAAUGAACACGAUCGUAGUGAGUAUCGGAAAGCAACAAAAAUCAUCAACCGGUUUUCUCAACUUCGAGAUAAGUUGAACGUCCCACAGCCCGAACGCCCUCGCAAUUCAAACUAUCACUAUGAAUACUUCCUCAUCUUGAAGCAGCAUAGAGCCUGGAGCGAGAAGAUCAAACUGGAUCGAAUCGAGAUCACCCACCCGGACGACGUUCAGGAAGCUAACAAAACCAUAUACAAAUUGAUGGCGGAAAUUCAGAGUACUUUAAACAUCCUCCCAGUCCCGCUUCCUAUCCUUCUACAGAAGAUCGAACAAUUUAAAAUAAAUUAA